UACCCAGUGCUUGAGAGAGUUCGUUACUUCGUGGGAACGCGUUCCUACGUGAAGUACGUUGCGAUAUAUCACGAUAUAUCGCACCGGUGCGACGGUACUGUAUUCCGUUUCGCGCUUUACUUCGUUAUUGUCACGCUCGCGCGCGUGCGGUCGAAGUAACACAGAAGUCCUCGGCGCGUCUCUCCUUCGCGCGUUAACCUUCCGAGUUCCGCGACCGGUUUCUCUCCGGAAUAAUCCUUACAAUUAAUUAGUGUCAACGACGUAGCUCCGCCCGCGAUCUGUGUGUGCAUUAUGUGUGAUCAGUGCGCGGGAUAAUGUGACGCCGUGCGCCACGUUUUCGAAACGCGCGCUCGUCGGAAGAUCCGGAGGUUUUCGGGAGUGCCGACUAGUGCGAGAGCGAGAGGCGAGGUCUCGUUUAGUAAAACCGCGAUAGUGUCGUAGCGGCCGUGCGUGCGGCGUCCUUUGUGGUCGGCGACACGGGGAGAGCAACAAGAGGAGAGUAUACGGGACGAGAGAGGAGGGCGAAAGGACGGAAGGUGCCCGUGAGAGUAGUACGGCGUGAAGUUGCUGCCGCUAUACGAUUAACGGAUACGAGCGACGAGCAGCCGCCGCGCCGGACGGUGACGGGGAGGAUUAAACAUAGUGCUAUUUGCGGUCCAGAGCAUUUAUAUUGAAAAGCAUCAAUCAUCCCAACAUCUCGCCAUCAUAUUGCUGCAAGCUGCGAAGUUUCCGACAGUUUUCUGUCCAAUUCAGGCGGAUACAGAAAAUGAUUAUUUGGACCAUGUUUGAACGGAGCUGCGAACAGAAUGCCGACCGCUGAGCGACAUGAUCACACCGUCCAUGUAGCCCAGGAGAAGUUAUCCCAGUUCGACACGUAGGAUUCCUCGAGAUGAUACCGAGAACGGCGAGCCGGUGGCUGCUUUGUGUGGCGCUUACGGUCGCCCUGUGUCAAGGCCAGGAGGACUGGAUGCAGUGCUCGUCGACGUGCAAGUGCAAAUGGGUGUCCGGUAAGAAGACCGCCGAGUGCAUUAAGCAGAAUCUCACGCAGGUGCCGGGGGAUCUCUCGCCCGAGAUCCAGAGUCUCGAUUUGACCGGCAAUCGCAUAACUCAUCUCGUACGCGAUGCGUUCAGCCGCGUAAAUCUGGUUAAUCUGCAUAAGCUGUCGUUGCGCGAUUGCGGCAUCGAGUCGAUUAACAGGGACGCUUUCAGCGACUUGAAGAUCAUCAUCGAGAUCGACCUGUCGGGCAACAAUAUUCGCAGUCUGCAUCCAAGUGUCUUUUACGAAACUCAAAAGUUGCGAGUGCUGCUACUCGAUCAGAACAAAUUGAGAAUGCUGGAUAACGGUCUGUUCUUCAAUCUCACUUUCUUGCAGAAAGUCACGUUGUCAGACAAUAGAUUGGAGCGCAUCGAGGAGCAGGCGUUUCGCAAUUUGCCAAACUUGCAUUCCCUCGCGUUGGACGGGAAUAAUUUCAGCACUCUGCAACUGCAAAGCUUCGAGAGUCUGCCCAAGCUCGGCAGUCUCGAGCUCCAGAAUAAUCCAUGGAACUGCAACUGCCACCUCAAAAAGUUCCGCGAUUGGGCGAUUCAGCGCAAGUUGUACACACAGCCAACCACUUGCCAGCAACCGCUCCACAUGAUCGGCAAGAUGUGGGACGAAGUUAGUAGCGACGAUUUCGCGUGCAGACCGAAGAUCACCAACAUCGAGCCGUCGAACAAAAUCGAGGCAGCCAAAGGAAAUGUGACAAUAUCGUGCAGGGCAACGGGAAUUCCACAUCCUGAGUUAUCAUGGACGAAUCGUAAUCGCCCUAUAGUCAACAGUACCAAACGCACGGGCGAUAAAUUGUACGUACUGUUGGGCAAUCAUGAUUGGUUAAAUCUCACUAUCGUCGAUGCGCAGCCUUCCGACAAAGGUGACUACAUUUGCCACGCGAAGAGUCCGGGCGGCGAAGCGGAGAAAAACGUGACUUUAUCCAUAAUGGGCGAUGCUCUAGGCGGUAGAGAGAACUUCAUCAGUCUGCCUCUCGCUAUCGGACUAGGUGUCACCGCGUUGUGUCUGUUGAUUGUCACAGUAGUGCUCUGCGUGUGCUACUGUCGUCGUCGACACACCAGGCACGACGAGAAAGGCCUCGAAGCGGCGUCCCUGGAGCACCACGGUCUCGGUGAACAGGAGAAAUCCCUGAUUACGACCAUUAACCCGGUCGUAAAGCCCCCGAGGCGCUACGAGGCGCCGUCGGUGACAUCGCAUAGUACGGAGAUGACGGAGCUGAACCGCACGUUGCUCGACAACGACUCGGUUUUCGCUGACGGUGUCGGGAGCGGUGUCGUCGGCGGGGUAGGCGGCGGCGUAGGCGACGACGACAAGGAGCACGAACGAGCCACACCGGAACUCGACGGGGGUGGCAACGGCGGCAGCGUCGGCGGCGGCGGCGGCGGCGGCGGCGGCGGCACAUUGCCACGCGGGGGUGCCGGUUACCACCACCGACAAUAUCCGCCGGAUCUCUUGGCCUUCUCCGGCGGUCGCGGCGCAUCGCCAACUAGCCAGGCGUCAACAGCGCCUGACAGCACGCGUCUGCCUAGUCAGCAAAUGAUAGCACCGGCGACGACGGCGGCGGCGACAACGGCUGCGACGGCCUCAUCGUACGGCUCGCCGCCGUCAGGCCAGUACCAUCCGGCCGCCUUCAAGACGCUGCCACACAGCCGCAGCGCGACACCGUAUAGUCUCGGACCGUCAUCGUCGUCGUCGUUGGCGCCGGUGCUACCUCGUCACGGUUAUGUGACGAUUCCGCGACGACCGCGAGCGCCUAGCUGGAGCAGUGCACCCCCGACGUCGCCCACUGACGCUGUCGAGCCGGUGUACGACAAUCUGGGGCUACGCACUACGGCGGAUGGCAGCUCGAUGUUGUCGCUGAAUAAGAGUCCGGAACCGGCGGCCUCGUCCAUGAGGGGCCGGCCGCUUCCGUGCACGCCGGGGGGUUCGCACUACGGAUCGAUCCAGCGUAGCACUCCGAAUAUCUUGACGAGUAAUCCGUUGGACAGAGUGGCGCCGGAAGGUGCAGCUGAAUGGCCGCUCAAGUUGACGGACGAGAGCAUGGACGGCGGUCAUCUGUUACUCACGCAGCAGCAACAGCAGCAGCAGCAGCAACAGGCAACCGCCAGCAGCAACACUCUCGGUAGAAAGGUGCCGCCGAGACCGCCGCCAAAGCCCAAGAAGAAAUCCGCCAAUGGACCGACGUUGUACGAGGAUGAGGGUGAGGAUGGCACGGAAGUAUGAUAUCACGGGCAUCGUCCGCGAUGAGAGCGACUGGUCGUAGUACGCCACGAUGGGGCGUGCGUGACCACACUUACAAUAAACCGGUAGUGCCUUUCGAGACGCGUGUCUCGCACGUGCGAGACUUCCACUCCGUUCAGCGAGUCGCAGUUCUGGAGAAUGAACAAAACGAGGGGACUCUUCUGGGAGAGACUUUCUGGGAUCUACGGAUGGACACGGGUGGUUCGCCGAAAUCGCUGACGAUGACAUUUUAGAGGAGGACACGCCGGUCGGACAUUCGUGUCACCUAUAUUCCCCUUCCUCAACUUUCCUUUCCUGUAAGUUAUCUUGUAAGUUAUUUAUUGAACGUUACGGAGCACCCGGAGUAUCCGAAAUCAGCAAAUCGUGAUCUACAUGAAUUAUUUACCCAACGAUCCGAUCGUUCAAUGGAUCCUUCCUUGUCUCUCAUCUCCUCCUAUCUAUGUAUCUUUUUCUCUUCUCCUCCCCCCCCCCUCCUUUUUUUAAUCAGGUUCCUUUAGCGUUUUAUUUGACGCUCGCCACGCGCCAUGAGGUGAUAACGUGAUAAUGUGAAUAAGGUUGCGGACAUUGCUACCGGUAUUAAUUGAUAAGGCGAAACCUGUUCGCGUUUUGUGUGAAAUUUACGUGGAGCACGAAGCAACUGGAAGUGCUGAACGCGAGUCAUUCCGCGAAGAGCGAUACCAGUGAAUUCGUCUUCUAUUCGUGUUGUACCCCGCAGUGGGAAAUCGCGAUCGUAACGGCGCGAUUCGCGUGUAUAGACGGAAGUGUUAAGGUUCAGGCAAGGCAACGUUUUGCACAUGUUACAUUUAUGCGGUAAACAUGAUGAGAAUUUAAUAUUGUUAAGAAUUUAUCUAGUUGUUAUACGCCUAUUGCGUUUUCUUUUUUGACAUUGAAAUUCUGACGCCUGUAUCGAAUCGUAGCAAGACUCGUUGCAUUCGCAAGCAACACGAACUCUCGUGCUAAGCUUACGCCGAAAAUGGCGUAAUGAUCUGUGUCCCUUCUCCUUCUGUAAACGCAUCGUUAGAUCGUGUUCGUACCCGUAGGGGUAACUCCGUAUUCUCGUCUCAGCGAUGUUUGCGUCUUAAAUCAUCGACAGAUAUAUCGCGAUAUGAUCACUGCAAUGAUUGUAGCGGCAAAUUGAUUAUCAGUAAUAUAAGCAAAUAUCGUUGAUGUCAGUCCCUUA